CACAAGGGAAUAGACUUCAGCUCCAAACCAAGGCGUAUAUCGAAGGGUUUUGUAUGGCCACGGUUUAAGGGAGCCAUUCCACAGUACGCUGAUGAUCCUGCUGCCGAUCGUACGAAAUCCAUCAAUGCACUCUGCAUCACCGUCCCACUUGAUCGGCUGGUCGUACAAUCUCUCAGCGUCCAACAGAUCAGUCUCCCAACACGGCCGAUUGGAGGGAGCAGGAUAGUUUGACUACUCCACCAUGACGUCACGUAGUACGAAUCCUCUCCGCACUGUGUUUCUGUGGAGUCUAUGUCUAUGCUGUACGUCACUCCUUGCCGCCAGCACAGCUUUGCCAAGUGGUGCAAGUACAUCCGAUGGGAGCAGCAGCAGCAGCAGCGCUAUCAACAAGCCAAGAACGAUCGGGCCUGGAUCAACAACGUCAUUCGAUUUUGCACCUCGAAUACCCACUCCCAGCCUGCUACCAGACGACUACAAGAAGCUCAUCCCGGCCUGGGUAAAGUGUUCGGAAAUCACAGGCAUAACACGCAGACUGGAGGCCCUUCCCGGCACCGGCUGGGAUAACUUGGACCAUACUGACAAGGGCUACGUCAUCGAUCUGACUUAUGACCAGUGCAAGACCACAUCGGAUGGCAAGUUCCUGAUUCCCGAUCAGAUGACCACAAUACCAUUACAGAGAAGUGAGGUACAACAGUUUGCUGACCUGUACAGCUCGUACACGGACUACCAGAGUAGCACUGCACACUCCAUGUCACUAGAUCUACAGUACAAGGUCGUGUCGGGUAGUUUCUCCGGAGAAUAUCAAAACAACAAACAGCACCAGGUGGCAAACAGAGCAACAACAGCUCGAGUGCAAGUGCGCCAUGAGCUCUAUCUCGUCGAGGUCUCCCCAGAUGCCAGGCUGGCCCCUGCGUUGAAGUCCCGUCUACUCAACAUCGCUGCUCUGCUACAAAACCAGUACCAGGAUGCAGCGGCAUACGAGUUGAGUCUGAUUGUGCGCGAUUACGGUACUCAUAUGGUCAGGUCGGUCGUGGCAGGUGGAGCGUUUGUCAACGAAGACCAGAUUCGUGAUAGCUAUGUCAAGGACGUGAAGGAGAAAGGUGACAAGUUGAGAGCGGAGGCAGCAGUAUCCGCCCUGGAGAAGAUCGGAUUCAAGCUGUCCGUCGGGUACAGUCAUAGCUCCAAGUCAUCCUCUGUGGAAGAGUUCACCAGCAACGUGAUGCAGUCAGUCACAAGAACGUUUGGUGGCCCACCGUAUCGGCCCAACAUGACCAUUGACGACUGGGAGAGUGGACUAUUGAAUUCACUCGUGGCCAUCGAUAGGAUUGGAGAUCCGCUGGAGUAUGUGAUAUCUUCGUUCACGCUGGCCGGUUUGCCAACACCGACCAUACAGGAGAUCACAAGGGGUAUUGCAGGAGCUGCUGGAGUCUACCUUCUAUCGAACACAUAUGUCGGCUGCCCUGAUCCGAACUCACCCAACUUUGACUAUCAAGUGAAUGCUGGGGACAAGACUCUUUGCCAACAGACAUCUCACAACUACACCUUUGGUGGAGUCUUUCAGAACUGCACCGUCAUCCCUAAUUCUUAUCUCGGAACCGAGGUUAAGGAUAUUUGCGUGGACUACGUUCAGAUGAAUCCCCUCUCAGGUGGCUACAGCUGUCCACUUGGCUACUCGGCCAUCUUGCUUCACAAGGGCAAACACGUAGCAUAUUGGGACAAGCAAGUGUGCGGUCAAGAAAGGGAUCGCAACUGCUGGUUCUGGAACUGCUACUCUAGAGUCUGCAGACAGCAGUAUUACAGUGCCACAGCAGAGUAUAAUGUCUACUGGUGUGUUAAGCCCGGCAAGGUCAGCAGAGCAUCGGGAUACCUGUUCGGUGGUGUAUACACUGCCACCAGUCCCAAUCCCAUCACACGCACACGGUCUUGUCCGAAGAAUUUCUUCCCGCUGCGCUUCGGGGCCAACAUGCAAGUGUGCGUCAGUGGGGACACCGAAGGAACACUGCAGGGUGCCGUCGGAUUUUCUGGGUUCUUCAGCUGCUCAGCAGGAAACCCCCUGGCCAUCGAGGAUCCUGCUGAUAGCAACAAAUCUGAUAUCCUUGACAUUGGUUACGGCAGGCUAACAGGAAUGGAGAACUGGCCCAAACGAUGCCCACGUGGGUAUUCCCGUCGCUUGGCGGCCAUGGAUGACUCCUGCGAGAUUAGCUACUGCGUGCGAGCCGGGGCGUUUGACAAACCCCAUCCUGCGCCUUUGAGGCGGCCACCGUACGGGAUCAGCUAUCCACCGAUUGCCAACGAGAGCAUCGACACCGACAUCAUCAUUGGACCAGGCAACAGGACGUGGGUGCGCAACCAUUCAACCGGUGACUGGAAAGUUGAUAUCACGAUGACUAUGGACCCAACCGAGAGCAAGGGUUCAAUGGACCAUACCAUGAUUGCCAUCAUAGCUACCUGUGCGGUCCUCACACUCCUCUGUCUCAUACUCAUCAUCGUUUUGUGCCGCCUGAACAAGAAGAUGAAUGCAAAGAGGGAGCGUGGGUAUGCCUCAGCUCAGGCUGUUGUCAGUGGGAGUGAUCGAGUGGAGAUGUCGCAAAAUCUCCUUGGCGACGACGGGUCAUCUGCCUUUGUGCGACACCGCCAUGUUCCCAUCCCACCCAAUCCACAACCGUUGUCAUGAUGUCACAAUUAUGUCACCAUGAUGUCACCAUGAUGUCACCAUGAUUUUGCGUGGACGUCAUCAUAACUUCAUGAUGACAACACGAUGAUUUCAUCAUUACUUCACCAUGUUGUUUUAUGUCUACCACGACAAUGAAUUCACUAUGUUUAUACCAAAAUGAAUUCACUAUGCUUAUUCAUGUUGACUUUUCCCUGAUGAUAGUCUCAAGAAAAUCGAUUAGGAACAUUAAUUUCAGCAUAUUUGUGCACAGUCCGCUUCACUGAUACUGUUUAUUCAUUUUUUUAAAAUGUUUUUCAUGUUUUUUACUCUGUUAAUGUAAUGCUUAUGAUGUCAUCACAUUGCCAUCAGCAUAGUCAGUUGGUGCACGUUGCUAUGUUGUUAUUUCUUCUACAAAGCCACCACCACUCCCCCCCCCCCCCUCCUUCUAGUACACGCCUGGCAUGAUACCCUGAUAACAGUUUCCUUUUCCUCACUAUGGGACAGCCAUUGGACUGAUACUGGAGAGUUCACACAGGCUUCUCCUUUUUGCUCAAUGACUUGUUCUACGCUUGACCUCAGUCACAAAACCUUCCAUCGUGCGUAGGGAGCUGCUAUCUAUCAUGCUAACUAGUGUUUUGCAGAUUAUGGCUCUGGCCAACCUGUAUGUCCAUGGGUCUCCAGCCAGGGCCACCCUACUCACACAAGCCUAUUUCUUCUUGGAUCUGAUCGAAUACCACUUCUUUUCACA